GAGGGCAAAGGAAGAGAGGCCCUCGGAUAUAUUAGGGUUUUGGUUGCACUUUUUGCUUGUCUUGUUUACAACUUUAUAAAAAUAUAUAAUAGGUUAAGUCAGGAUUCCACGUGCUCCUGGGGACUCUCCCCUCAGUCCCUCUCCCAACCUUGCUUCAAUUCAAUGCCUUAUUUUUUUUUAUUACACUCGAUUACACUCUCUGACCAUUUGUGCCCUUUCUUUUGUUUGCAUCUCUCUGCUGCUGCUCUCUCUCUUUCUCUCUCUCUCUCUCUCUCUCUCAAGAAAAAGCAAAAACUAGUGAAAAGCCCCCUCUGGGUGCCUAAAAAGACCACCUUCAAGAAAAAAGAUUUCUACCCUGGAACUGAAAAGAUUUUUGCAAGAAUCGUCGAUAUAGAUUAUGAUGGAUGGAAUCAUCAAAGGAGGUGUUGGUGGUGGGGGCGGAGGUGGUAGAGUUGGUAUUGGGGAAGAAGAUAUGGGUGAUGGUAUGCAAUGCAGUGAUCAUCCUUACAGAAACAAUCCAGGUGGGAUCUGUGCUUUUUGCCUCCAAGAAAAGCUUGGCAAGCUGGUUUCUUCCUCUUUUCCUUUACCUAUUCGUGGCUCUUCUUCUUCAUCUUCUUCUCCUUCUUUUAGAUCUGACAUUGGUGCUGGUGUUGGUGCAAGCAAUGGUGGUGGUGGUGCUCCUUCACUUUCUCUUGCUGCGCGCCCCACAUCUACAAAAGGUAGGAAUGAAGGUGGCAAUAAUGGUCACUAUCAAGAAUACUACACGAGGAGGGCCAGGAUCCCUUUUCUUUUGGCUAAAAAGAAGAAGAAAAUCAUGGUCGCAUCAGAUCGUGAUAUUAUUUUCAAGCGAAGCAAAUCUACUACAACCCCUGGAAGAAACCAUUUCUUGUAUGCUUCCACUUCCACUGACGAUGGCGAGGAUUUUAGCCCAAGAAGAAAGGGUGGGUUCUGGUCAUUUCUUUAUCUCUCAUCCUCGAAGUUUAGUGCUACCAAGAAAACAGAUAAGGUGUCAUCAUUAACAGUAACAGCAUCAACAUCAGCAUUAGCUUCAGUAUCAACAGCAGCAGCAGCAACAACAACAAAUGGGUCUAUGGUGAAGCCGAAGGAGAAGUGCUUGGGGUCUUCUUUGUCCAAAAAAGGAGACAUUGUGGUAGUUGAAGAUGAUGACAGUCCCAAUAGUCAAGCCACUGCCUCUGCUUCAUCUUUUGAAAGAAAGGUGUCGAGAUCCAGAUCUGUAGGAUGUGGAAGCAGGAGCUUCUCUGGUGACUUCUUUGAGAGAAUCUCAACUGGGUUUGGAGAUUGCACUCUUAGGAGAGUGGAGUCGCAAAGGGAAGGCAAGCCAAAGGUCCCUGCGGCCGCCUCUAACAUGAAAGAAAGAGUCAAGUGUGGUGGCAUCUUUGGUGGGUUCAUGAUCACUUCCUCAUCUUCAUCAUCAUCAUCUUCAUCUUAUUGGGUUUCGUCGUCAGCAGAAGACGUUAAUGGGAAACCAGGAGCUGGGGUUGCAGCCGGGACUCUUGCUCAUGGUAGGAGUAGAAGCUGGGGUUGGGCAUUUGCUAGUCCAAUGAGAGCUUUUAGCAAGCCUUCUUCAAAAGAUGGCAAGAGAGACAUCAGAGAAGCUUCUAAUAAGAACACUGCUCCAAACUUAAGUGCCAUUCCUUCAUUGUUAGCUGUGAGAGGCUAAAAAGAGAAGAAUCAAGUGCUUGUUGGGUUACAAUACACAGUACAUCUGGUCAUCUUUGUUUAUUUCUCUAUGUUUAUUAUCUCUAUCUUGGUCUCAGUUUCAUAAGUAGUGUCACACUUGUAUUUUUCUUCCUCUUAAAUUGAUGGUCAUAUUUGCUAAUUAUUCUCUUUUAGAUAGUUUCCAUGUGUGGUGUGGGUUGAAAAGACUCCAUCAAAAGCUCAGGGGAGUCUGGCUGAGUAUGGACUCGUUGGAGAAGGGAGGUGAAAUGUUGACCAAUACAACAUGUGCUUGUCAGUUCACAAUCACUUCUGCUAUUUGCCGGAAGGUUUUGUGUUGAGUUUGUAUUCUUUAAUAUCUUAUUAGUGUUAUUUUGUAUUCUGUAUCUGAUCAAGUGACAGAAAGUAAUGUGUUUUUAAUAUCGAUUGCAUUUAGCAA